GAGAGAGAGAGAGGGGAGAGAGAGUGGGCUACCAUGCCGAAUGAGCAAGAGAGGCGGAGAGGAAGCAGAGCUCCAUCAGAUGAAAUGAGGUGAAAGUAAUUCAGGCAUUAAUCAAGCCAGGGCAAAAGGGAGGGUAUACUGUGUUUUCUCCCCCCUCUUUCGCUGCGGUACUGAAAGGCAAGGUGUGAAUGAAGGAGCCUACAGUGGCCAGCAGAGAAGCACCACUGGGUCACAGCGUCAAAUCAUGUCCGAGUCGAACACCAUUGCCGCUUCCACCGCAGACCAGAACGGAGCAGUUCCAGGCGAGCCAGUGAAGAGGGAUGAAAACUCCCGGAGAGGGAACUGGGGCAACCAGAUUGAGUUUGUCCUCACCAGCGUGGGCUAUGCUGUGGGCCUUGGCAACGUCUGGAGGUUUCCUUACCUCUGCUACAGAAAUGGAGGAGGUGCCUUCAUGUUACCGUACUUCAUCAUGCUGGUGUUCUGCGGCAUUCCUCUCUUCUUCCUCGAGCUGUCCUUCGGUCAGUUCGCCAGCCUGGGGUGUCUGGGAGUUUGGAAGAUCAGCCCUAUGUUCAAAGGUGUGGGCUACGGCAUGAUGGUGGUGUCCACCUACAUUGGGAUCUAUUACAACGUGGUCAUUUGCAUCGCCUUCUACUACUUUUUCAUGUCCAUGACAAGCCUGCUGCCGUGGACCUACUGCAACAACCCCUGGAACACGCCGGACUGCAGCGGGGUGGCGGGCGGAGGCCAUCUCAACGCCAGCCUGGCUAACGUUACCACGAGCCUCGUAGCGGGGGUGUCCGAGGUCGUCAACCGCACCAAGAGGACCAGCCCCAGUGAGGAGUACUGGAAACACUAUGUGUUGAACAUCUCUGAUGAUAUUGGGAACUUUGGAGAGGUCCGUCUUCCUAUCCUGGGCUGCCUGGCUAUUUCUUGGGUGGUUGUCUUCCUCUGUCUCAUCAGGGGCGUUAAAUCCUCUGGAAAGGUGGUGUACUUCACAGCCACAUUCCCCUAUCUCGUCUUGACCAUCCUGUUCAUCCGUGGCAUCACCCUGGAUGGAGCCAUCAACGGCAUCAAGUACUACCUGACUCCACAAUGGCAGAAGGUCCUUGAUGCAAAGGUGUGGGGAGAUGCAGCGUCACAGAUCUUCUACUCCCUGGGCUGUGCAUGGGGCGGACUCAUUACCAUGGCUUCCUAUAACAAGUUCCACAACAACUGUUUCAGAGACAGCAUCAUCAUCAGCAUAACCAACUGUGCGACCAGCGUGUACGCCGGCUUCGUCAUCUUCUCCAUCCUGGGCUUCAUGGCGCACAACCUGAACGUCCCCGUGUCAGAGGUGGCCGACCAUGGCCCGGGCCUGGCCUUCGUGGCCUACCCAGAAGCCCUCACUCUGCUCCCCAUCUCACCGCUGUGGUCGCUGCUCUUCUUCUUCAUGCUCAUCCUCCUGGGACUGGGGACUCAGUUCUGUCUGCUGGAGACCCUGGUGACGGCCAUCGUCGAUGAGAUCGGAACAGACUGGAUCAUCAGGAACAAGACCGUCGUCACGGGGUCGGUGGCCGUAGUUGGAUUCUUGCUCGGAGUGCCACUAACGACGCGGGCAGGAAUCUAUUGGUUGCUACUGAUGGACAACUAUGCUGCUAGUUUCUCUCUGGUCAUCAUCUCCUGCAUCAUGUGCAUCUGCAUCAUGUAUGUUUACGGCCACGUAAACUACUUCAGAGACGUUGAGAUGAUGCUGGGCUUCCCUCCUCCUCUCUUCUUCAAAGUCUGCUGGAGAUUCAUCUCCCCCGUCAUUAUCUCUUUCAUCCUGAUCUUCACAGUGAUCCAGUACAAGCCCAUCACCUACAAUAACUACGUGUAUCCCAACUGGUCUUUGGGAGUCGGCUUCUGCAUGGCUAUGUCCUCAGUGGUCUGCAUACCCAUCUAUGCCCUCUACAAGAUCUCAAGGUCCCCAGGAGCCACCUUCAGAGAGCGGUUUAAGUUCGCUCUCCGGCCACAUCCAUCGUGGGGCCCUUCCCUGCAGGAGCACCGGAUAGGCCGCUACGCCCCAAUGGCCUCCGAAGACACUGUGGAGUCCCGCCCCCUCAGGGAGAAGGAGGAGCUGAAGGAGGAGCUGAAGGAUGAGCUGAAGGAGGAGGAGAAGGAGAGGAAGGAUGACAUCAGCCUCACCAUCCAGGGAAGCAACGGCUCCACCAACACACACAACAACCCCAACCCCAGCGCAUAGACGGCACCCGGGUCUGUCAGGGCCACCGGGGCCCCACCACCAUCUCUUCCUCCCCUCUCCUCCCUUCUCCUCCAUCCUCAACCCACUUUCCCACAGUCCUCUGUGGGGGAGAUCCCAUUCGCUGGAGACCUUUACAUAUUGUAAGGGCUUAUUAUAUCUAUCCUAACCUCUUCUAUCUAUCUAUCUGUGUGUUGUCUCUAGAUAAACGAAGGAAGAAAAAAAAAAAAAAAAAACGAAAGGAAGAAAAAAUUGGGUCAUCAUCCAAAAGAAUUGUGUGUAUGUUAGUGCGUGCGUGUGGCUGGGUUGUUAAUUUGUUACACAUAAUUUAAUAAUGCAGUUUGUUUUUCCUUUCAUUUUUUGUAAAACUUGUAUAUGUCAUCUCCAUAUGCAGUUAGAGGUACAGUAGAUUGUGACGCUGCAUGUGUUUGUUUUGUGCAUGCAGCAACAUAGAGACACACACUGUUCUCCUUUAUUCUGUUAGCUGGGUCUGUUUGGGAUUGGCGACUUUUCUAGCAGCGGCGGUUUGACAGCUGGAGACUUGUGAAGCGAUACACAGUGGUGCUGUUGUAAAGAGGAGCGGGGCGAACUGUGCCUGAACUGGCCAUUUGCAGUUUUGAUGAUGCUGGAAGAUGGAAGUCGGCUCAAUGCUAUGGCCGGGAGGGGGGGGGGGGGGGGGGGGGGGGAAGAGGCGGACGCGCUCAUUCACACCCGUACACUCACACUAUUGUACAUUUUACAGCACACAAUGACCUCAACCGUAGUUGAUCUCUCAGCUUAAGACUAAGCCUGUUGUUGUUUUUAUGCUGCUUCUUCGUUAAAAAAAGUUCUACAGAUCGCACACGCGUUUAACACCCGAGAUGGCGACUGACACGUAGGGCUGAUUUUCUGUGGAAAUUUUCCUCCAUUUGUAACGUUUUCCACUAAAGCUGCUUAAACUUUGAAAACUCAGCAGAGAAAUAUCAGUGAACUUCAACGGUGCUGUACUCUCUGCCUCCACAUUCAUACACACACACGUACAGUUUUUUGACAGAGGAGAUCCCAGCGCCCAUUUCUCAGGGUCCAAGGGAAGUUUCUUGGUUUUCCUUGCCUGUGGAAACCUUGUCUCGACUAAUGCCUAGUUCACACUACACGACUUUAGCCCUGAUUUUCCGCUCCCCGACAGUUUUUGAAGCUCCCCGACAAAAGCCCCAGAGCAGAGGCAAAUCUGCGUUGGCUCACUGCUUGCCCAAUGAUGCUCGAGCGUCAUGUGUGUGAUGCUACAUGUCCACAAAGGUGUUUUUUUAUCGCGAGGGAUCGCGUCGCUUCCCAGCAUUGGACGCUUGAUGGGCUGCCACUAGACACAAGGCACUCGGCACCUGAUUGGACCAACUUUUUUCCUUCUUGGGCUGGGUUUCAAAUUGGAACCAACAUGGCGGCUCGUUUGGAAAAUUUCUCCUCUUAUAUUAUCAAAAUAGUUCACUGAAAUGAGUUUCUGAAAACAUUUUAUGUGAGAAAUGAAUCUGUCAACGUGACGCCCGUCUCUCGAAUCGCGUUGCCACGCUACCAGAAUGCAUUGCACGGCUGCUUACAUAAACAAGGAAUUGGAAGCAUGGAAAAGGCCGAUGCCUGAUCAAAGAGCUGAUUGGCUCUUCCUAACACCACAUGUUGAAGACACUGUGCGAACUUUCUGUAUGAUUGUAAUAUUUAACACUAGAUUGAUGUUGUGCAAUGAAGGUUUCAUCUGUUAACAAUCACAUCUUGUGUGGUUGAUAAUAAUAAUGAUAAUUAUAUAGCACUCGAGUGCUCAUUACAACUUGCUUUACAAGGCAGACAUAAAAAUAAUAAAGGUCGUGGUUUGCAAACGACAAGUAGCCUACAGAUUGGAUCUAACAGGCUGUAACUAUAUCUGUGACUUCCUGUAAAUUCACUGAAGACUGCUGGAAACUGUCCGACUUGACCGCAGCUUUUCGUCACCACCCCCUGCUGCUGUAGCCCGAUCUCGUCAACUCUACAGGCGUGGCGCAGUUAAUCUCAAACGAGCCUAAAACCACAACGACUUAAAGACUCCUGAUAACAAGACAGCAAGUUGGGUCGUGUGAACAGUGCUGCGAUGUGACGACUUUGACAGUCUUGUAGUGUGAACUUGGCUUAAGGCGGCCUGUUAAGAUUGAAGGGACCGAAACCACCUAACUUUCCCCGCUGUCGAAAAACACCUACACACACACACAAAACAGGUAGAUGCAACUCUGUAUAUAGAAGCGCCAUCUCUCCUUAAGUCUUCCAGGCAUUCUUUUUUGAGUGAAAUGCAUCUUGGGAUGUCGUCUUAUGAAGGAGGAUCCGGGCUAGAGGACGUAGCUAGCGAAAGGAUCGCAGGUGUGUCGUAGUCUGUGUCUCCCGUGGGUCGUAGCAAUCUGCCCCAUUAAGGCAUGUUACCAAAAACAUUACCUGAGUUACCUGCACAUGUUUUUGGUAACAUAUAUACUGUAUAUCUCAGAAAAGACUGGUACGGCGUCAGUCUCUUACAGUCAGUGGAACCUUUAAUGUAUUUACAGGCGUUUAUUUUGAAGCUCUGAGCCAAGCUGCGCUGUGACUGGCGGAGAGACAGGAAGCAGGGAGAUGCAGCUUGUUUCCAGAAGAAUACAGAAUAAAAAUCUUAAAUGAAUUAUGUAGAUUUAAAUGUAGCUGUAUAGUAUCGUUCUCUCAGUAGAGUUCUCCUUUUUACCUCUCAUUAUUGUAAAGUAACUUAGUAAAUAAUUAUAAAGACAGCAUAUGUUUAUUUUGUACAAAAAAAUAAAAACUACAGAAUCAUAAUUAACCACGUUUACCAUUCCUCAUCUGUGACUUGAUUUGUUGUCGUUGUGUUGGAGGGUGUGACAGGACAGAGAGGGGUCUAUUUUAGCAUGCGGGGUUGAGUUUCCCAAAAGUGUCCGAUUGGAAAGCAUCCAGGACAACUUUGUGUAGCAGUGUGGUCACAGAGGUUUGUGGCAGUCUAAAUACAGAACAAAUAAGAGAGGUUUUUGGUUUUUGUCAUCUAGACAGCUGUGUGAAGAUCACACGUCCCUUUGUCUUUUCAUCCUAAGAUGCUUUGUUGGACGCCCGCUCAGGUGGUAGUGAGAUGCUUUUAGCUUCACGGAUGGAGGAUUUUUAGGAUUGCAUCAGGUUUGACUGUAACGUUUGUUCUUGUCGUAGUUUUUCUUUGUUUGUGAGCUGUGAAAUCAUAUAAUAAUAUCGAAGACGUUUGGAGAACCAGAGGGCUGUGAUACCAGUAUGAGCAUGGAACAUAUUCGCAUAAUCGUAUAUUGUAUAAAGCACAUUUACAUGGAGAGAGAUUUAAAGGGAAUAGUUUGAUAUUUUGUGAACAACUCUUAUUUCGCUGUCUUGCUGAGAGUUAGCUGAGAAGAUUGAUACCACACACAUGGUAUGUACGGUAAAUAUGAAACUGGAGACAACAUCUGGUUAGCUUAGCUUAGCAUAAAGACUUGGAUGAGGGGAACAGCUAGUCUGACUCUGUCCAAAGGUAACCAAAUCUGCCUCCAGCAUCUCUGACGCUCACUAACUAACAUGUUUUAUUGUGUUUGCCUAAUAUGCACAUUAACAUCUGCUGGUUGCCUAGCAACUGGUUCUUAUAGUAGGCACGUAACCCCCCGUAAUUUUGCAAAUUGCCAUUUUGACAAUUGGAUUUUUGUAUGGAUUAAACAAACAAGUUGUAAUGUGUUAAUUAGUGAGCUCCAGAGGUGCUGGUAGCAGGAUUUUACCUUUGGACAGAGUCAGGCUAGCUGUUCCCCCUGUUUCCACUCUUUAUGCUAAGCUAAGCUAACCAGCUGCUGGCUCCAGCGUCAUAUUUAGCGUACAGACAUGAGCGUGGUAUCAAUCUAAUCAUCUAACUCUCAGGAAGAAAGCAAACAAGUGUAUUUCCCCAAAAUGGUGAACUAUUGUUUGAAGGAUUUAUAUAUGUUCAUGCUUGUCAGGCUUUUCAUUGAUUUUCAGAAAUAUAAUGAAGCACAAUUUCAGAUUAAAUCUGCACAUUCUUUCUUUUCUUUCACAACUAUUCCCCACGAGAGGAUAGGGUUUUUAACAUGAAGGUGCAGUUGCUCCACUAAUCCACAAGAUGGAGCGAUGCUGACACUCAGGGUAGUAAAGGCACAACUGUGAACUAAAUACAAAAAGCCCAACAGACACCAGACUUAAAAAAAAAAAAAUGUCAAGAAAGCAACAAUGAGAGAGGUCAAUGCGAAGCACAGAAGCUCAAAUAUAGUGAAUAUAAUCGUGAUAAGCACAGUGAGCAUUCUGAAACAAGCACAUAUUUCUACCCAGGUUUUUAACUUCUUCUUUUUUUUACAGUAGAUUAUUAUGGUUUACUCCUAAACUAUUCUCACCGCACAUUAUAUUCUGUAAUAGCGUUUAGUUUUAAUUAAAUCACUGCAAAACCAGGUGCUCUACGAAACAUCUACUAAUCUAAAUAUAUUGCUUCCUCUGAGUAGAAAUUGCCGAUCGAAGGAGCGUUAAACUUUCUAAAUGAGGUUUUAUGUGCUGAAAAAAGGUGGAUAUGAAGUUAUUAUUCUCAGUGCAUAAUAUGGACAGCUUGUAGCUCAGACCAUUUCCUGUUUGUGGUUGCCUGUCUCGUGUGUUCAUGCUGUAGUAAGUGAAGCUUAGCCACCGUGUUACCAUGCUAUCUCUCUCUCUAUAUAUCCCAACCCUCGCCAUCUCUGCUGGCCCCACAACUCUUCCUCUCUUUGUACAGUAAUGUAAAAAAAAUAUAUAAUCGGACUGUGUGUAUGUGUGUGUUUUAUCUUUGCUUUUAUUUCUAGGGAGGGUUAAGUGUGUUUUUUGCGGGGUCGGGGGAGGGAGGGUAUUGUUUCAUUUUGCGUUUUUUCUUGUAGUGUGUAAUGUAGACAAUGUCAGGUGUUAUCGUGUACUCUGUGUGUAGUGGAUUAGCUCUUACUGCUGAGCCUGCAUGUAGAGCAGGCGUAGUGUCAGUAUUGAUGUCAAUGUACCUCUAACCUAUUAGAACUAGCCGAGUCUUAUUCUGCUAAUAAUAAUAGUCUAUCUUUUAAGAAGAAAAAAACAUUUUUGUACUAAAAGAAGAGAAAGAAAACUACAUAUUUUAUCUUCAGAUUUUAAUCAUUGUUUAUCCAAUGUUAAAUGACACUACUUUUUUUUGUUUGUUUUUGAAGUUGUAUUCUAUGAAAGGUUAAGAUAAAGCCAGCUAAUAUUGAAAGAAAAAAAACAUUUCCAAACGAGAAGCUUUGGAUGGAAACUUGAACUAUACUUAAGAAUGGUUCGUUCUGGUGUAGAUGGCGGCUGCAGCUACAUGACGAUGCUCGUGAACUUGAAGCUAUGUUUUACACAGUGCAGUGCCAACAGUCGUACAUCGCUGUUUACCUUUAAUAUUCUGUGGCCCCUUAACCCAAACAGUUUGGCUUUUUCUCGUCUAGUUGUGACAAAAAAUGUAAAAAAAAAUGAGCAAAAUCAAAACACCAAAAUGACUCUGCCACCAAGAUUGAAUUAGCGUCAGGACCCAUUAACUCUCAUCUUCAUUCACGUGCAGCUCUGAUGCAUAAUAUCGGAACAUAAUGUAGUUUUAUGUGGGCAUUCUAGGCAAUUAUAUGACAUAUACGUAUCAGACAAGGGUCCAAUUAUUUCUCUCAAUUCAAUUAUCUGGCAAUUUAAUCCUCCAUGCAUGAAACCUAAAAAAAAACACACAACUGAGAAUAGAUAAUAAUUGACCCAUGUCUUCAGAUACGAAUAUGCUAUUUAUUGCCUACUAUCAUCUUACACUGAAGUGGCUGUGCAGAAAGUCUCUGAUGUUAAAGAACGUGAGCUACAUGAAGCUUCGGACCAUUUUUAUACACAAAUUCACAGCACAGCUGCUCUACUGUACUAAAAAAACAAAAACUGUGAUUUUACCUUGUUUCUGUGGUUCUCUGUAAAUUACAGAACAUUACCUCUUGAAUUUCUUACUACUGCUCAUAUAAGCAUACUCUUAUGUUUCAGCACUUUAAAGAAAUCAUUCGUUUGUUUUUGUAUAAGCAACAGGAAAAAAAAAUAAUUCAAACUUCCAUUUUGAAAAAAAGAACACAAGUUUGGUCAAAUAAUGUCUUAUUUUCCGUGGUCUGACUGAAAGAAACUGUCCCAAGUGUCAGUGGAAAAACAGUAUUGUUGCCAAUGUAAAUUGUUUCAUGGGAGGAGUGGAGAAGAAAAAGCACAAGUGAGAAAAGAGAACACAGUUCUUCUGGUAUCCUCGAUCAUAUCUAUCUGUCUAUCUAUCUAACCAUGUCUGUUCUUCUUGUUCUUCAACCUUUAGGGCCAAAAUCCAUUGAAAUGUCUUAGUCCUGUCAGCUGUAUAUCGUAAACUGUUGAAUUACAAAAUGGUAAAUAAAAUCUAUUUUAAAGAUCAA